GUGCCGGAAGGUAGGCUGGCUGCUGCUGCUUUUGCCGCGAUCUUUGUCCAGGCGGAUGAGUGCAGGCUGCUCUGCGCGGCGGGCAGGGCUGGGCUGCGGUUGCGGCCGUUGCCCGGUAGGUGUCUCUGGCGGCGUGCGAGCCGGCUGCGGGGCUGUGCAGACGCGCUGCGAUUGUCCGCUCCCUCCAGCCCGGCUCCCGCACCGCUCUCUGCGCCCGCCGCCAUAUUGGCUGCCUGCUGCACCGCGGUGGGAUGAGAGUGAAGCGCGGCCACUGCCGCAUCUGACUCCGCGCCGAAGCCCAGCGCCAGCCAUUCGACUCCAGCCUGCGGGUCUGCACCUCCCUCCCUCCUCCCCCCCCCUUCACUACCCACCACCACCGCCCCCUCAGACAACACCCGACAGGAGCGAGCGAAAAACGCCGAGCCAUGGAGGCCGUCAAAGCCUUUAAUAACGAGUUGUACUCCCUAAAUGAGUAUAAACCACCUAUAUCCAGGGCUAAAAUGAACCAGGUGACAAAGGCUGCUAUCAAGUCGAUUAAGUUCUACAAACAUGUGGUACAGAGUGUGGAAAAGUUUAUUCAAAGGUGUAAACCAGAAUACAAAGUCCCAGGGCUGUAUGUUAUCGACUCAAUUGUGCGCCAAUCCCGUCAUCAGUUUGGUCCAGAAAAGGAUGUGUUUGCUCCCAGAUUUUGCAAGAACAUCAAUACAACUUUCCAGAACUUAUACAAAUGUCCUGCUGAUGACAAGAGCAAAGUGGUGCGGGUACUGAACCUGUGGCAGAAGAAUGGUGUAUUCAAAAGUGAGGUCAUACAGCCACUUCUGGAUCUGGCAGCAGGGAUUCCACCGCCCUCUGUUACCCCUGCUAUUGCCAGUACUGCAGCAACUGUGAGCAGCAACACACCAGGAACUCCAGCCACACCUGCCACUCCAGCUAAUGUGGUGCAGAAUUUACCUGAUGCAUGGGCCUCCAUCUCUCAGCUUUCUAACUCUGAUACAAUUGCUGCUGUUGCGCAGCUUCUUCAGAGUCCCCAAGGCCAACAGCUCCAGCAGUUGGUACAGAAUCUUCAGAUGCAGCAACAAAAACCUCAGCCAUCUCUACUUCAGGCUCUUGAUGCUGGGCUUGUGGUCCAACUCCAGGCCCUUACAGCACAGCUGACAGCAGCAGCAACAGCAAAUACACUCAACCCAUUGGAACCUCGACUUAAUUUUAAUAAGAAACUCCUAGAUAGAUUUGAAUAUGAUGAAGAGCAUGAUCGUUCAGAUGAAACUAAGAAAGAAACAUCUACAUCCCAGCUACCUCUUGUAACUGAGACCAUGAACACAUCACUUUUUCAGCAGCUGGCUGAGCAGUUCCAGCAGCAAAACUUUGAGCAACUUCGGCAGCAGUUGAUGGAGCAACAACAGACCCAACAGAAUACAACAUUGGACAGUCAAGAGGUAACUUUUGGAUCGGAACAGUCAGUCACACCUUCCCAGGGCAGCACUCACCAUCAGCAACAAGAGCAGGAAGUAAGAGUAGAAGAUCCACUUGAGCAACAGCAGCAGGAUAUGGAUAUUGAUGCACCUGAUGGUCAGGACCUCAUUGAAGAGGAAAUAUUUCAGCAUGAAGAAAAGAAACCUUUAGUGCGUUCACGAUCGAGGACGCGCUCAAGAUCCCGUUCAAGGUCACCGCGAAAGAAAAGGUCCAGAUCCCGGUCAGGGUCUCGUAAACGCAAGCAUCGGAAACGUUCACGGUCAAGGUCAAAAGAAAGAAAAAGAAAGUCAUCUCGAUCAUAUUCUAGUGAAAGAAGAGCAAGAGAACGUGAAAAAGAACGCCAGAAAAAGGGUCUACCUCCUGUCCGAUCUAAGACACUUAGCGUAUGCAGUACCACACUAUGGGUUGGUCAGGUGGACAAAAAGGCAACACAACAAGAUAUAACAAAUCUCUUUGAGGAAUUUGGUCAGAUUGAAUCAAUAAAUAUGAUACCUCCUCGAGGAUGUGCAUAUGUUUGCAUGGUUCAUCGGCAAGAUGCUUUUCGUGCUCUUCAAAAAUUAAGCACUGGAUCCUUUAAAAUGGGGUCCAAAAUUAUUAAGAUUGCUUGGGCUUUAAACAAAGGUGUGAAACCUGAAUAUAAACAAUUCUGGGAUGUUGACCUUGGAGUCACAUAUAUACCGUGGGAAAAAUUGAAAUUAGAUGAUUUAGAAGGCUUCUCUGAAGGAGGCAUGAUCGACCAAGAAACUGUUAAUAAUGAGUGGGAAUCUAGGAAUUCUGAGUCUGUAAAGGAGAAUGUACCCCAAGCUGCAACUACUGAUAACACUCAACCAACUUCAGAGGGAGAGACAUUCACUCAACCUGUCACUAUACUGCCUGUUCAACAGAAGCAAAUGGAUGAUAUAAAGUUUAUUCCACAAAUGCCAGUGACUCCUACUGUUUCGGCAAUUGGUAUGGUGCAGCCACCAGCCUUUCCUGUGUCAAUGCCCAUACCUCCACCAGGCUUCAACCCAGCUAUUCCACCACCUCCAUUCUUAAGGCAUAGUUUCAAUCCUUCACAACCUCCUCCAGGUUAUCUGCCACCGCCCCCUGUUGUUCCACCUCCGGUUGUUGGACCUUCUAUUCCUCCAGUACAGACUUCUCUAGUUUGUCCGCCUCUCUCAAACACCCAAGAGAGUGCAAAGGAUUCCUCAUUUGGAAAUCUCCUUUCACAAAUAGCCUCCGGCCACAGCAGUCUCCCAACUCCUAAUAUUCCACCGGGGAGUUUGUUUAAUCCAGUUGGUGCGCAGCCUCUCUCAACUGGUCCAAGUAGAUCAAAGGACCUGGGAGCAUCACGCACAGGCAACCAGACAUCAUCAGCUGAUACAACAGCUACAUCUGGACCAGGAACUCAAAGUGCAGUAUCGAGUGGGUCUGUUCUGGGAAUGCAGCCUUCAACACCUGCACCAGGACCACCAACCUUACCUCCACCAAGUAUGGCCGGAUCAAGGCUACCUGGAGUGCUCCCUUUGGACGUACGUCCUGGAAUGAUGCCACCCUCACCAGGGCAGCGGUUUCCAUUGCUGAUGCCACCUCAGCCAAACAUGCCCCCUUCAGUAGCAAUUGAUGGUCCCCUUCAGUCAGGAACCAGAGCUCCUUUUCCACCAGGAAAUUCUUUCAAUAGGCUUGAAGGUACAUUCACAAGAUCUGGAGUCCCUAGUGUUGAGGGCAGCAGAAAUUCAAGCCAAGGUACAGGAGAAGAAAGACGAAGUGCUGGAAAUGAUCAUGCUUUUCAACGAGACAACAUACAGCAGGAAGGUGACCGAGAUUAUCGGUUCCCACCAGUCGAUAAUAGAGACACUCUUGGCAGACGUGAUCAGUUUGGAUUUGGUCCUGACCAAAGAUGGGGCUCAAGAGAUUUUGAUGAACGUGAGCGUCGUGGUGUGCCCUUUGGGGGCCCUAAAAAUUUUCAUGAUGAUCAUGAAAGGUUUGGCGGAAGAAAUUUCAGGUUUGAUGGCAGAAGUGGCCCAAUGUGGAGCCGAGGUUUUGACCAGGAAACACACAGAGAUUUUGAUGAUCGCAGCAGGCCAUGGGAACGUCAGAGAGAUCGUGAUGACCGAGAUUUUGGCUUUCGCCGAGAUGUAAAUGGCAGCCGUUUUGGGAGAGACAGAGAGCAAGAUCAUUGGGUUCCUCCACGGCAUAGGUUUGACUAUUAUCAAGGGACCACUGAUCAUGAAAAAUCUGAUGAUAGGCCUCGUGUAAAUGGUGAUUUCUCAGAAACAGACAGCCAGCCGCCAAACAAGGAGCUUGCAAACAACGACCCAGAAGUGUCUGUGAGUCUUGCAUCUUCAUCAGAUGAAAGCGAGAAGGAUGACUUAGAAAAUCAACCUGUAACAGAAAACACAGAUACUGAGGGGACAUAAUGUCAUACAAUAUGGCAAUAUUUUGUAUAGGUGGUCAUCUCUGCAGUGGACAAAAUGGUUGACUGGAACUUGAGAAAAGUCACUGUUGUCUGCAAGACAGAAUUUAAUCCGAUGUACAUCUUUCACUCUAAUAACUGAAGUUAAUGUGUACAACUGACCUGUACAGACUGUUGUUCUUUAGUUGAACACGGUAGGUAAUGACAUUUUUUUUUCACGCUUAGAGGCCAGAACUCCCACAUUUCUUCUAAUUUGAGAAAGAUUAUAAUAGCUUGCCAAAAAAAAUUUUAAAUUGACCUUCCUAUGGAAGAAAGGUAAACUUGUAGCUGUUACAGCUGGGAUGGAAUAUCGGUGGUUACAGUAAUACUUGAAAAAUAGGGCAUAAUCUGUAUUUUUCCAUCCUCUGAAGCUGCUACAAUAUUUAAAUUUAAUGCUUUGAUGAAAAUGAGUUUUUGUUUUAGAUUUUAUCCUGUUGACAGCAAGCGCCUAGCCCAUUCACAGUGAGCAGUGCAGUACUGAGGUGUAGAAAAAAUUGUAAUACUUUCUGUUUUGUAAAAAAAAAAGACAUUUUAAAAUCCUCUUAUAGUCUGGUCUCUGUUAAUCCCCAAAAUAAAUGUUUGUGAUUUGUCCCUCGUACUGCAGUGAGUAACGGCUGGAAAAAAAAAUCAUUUGAAUGUUGGGUGCAUUCUGUUUUUAGAUGCUAAUAAAACGUUUGUUUGAUAA